UUAUGGAGCGAGAUAACAGUCACGCAGUUAACAGUGACGUGGCAGAGACUUCCUCGUCCUAUGGAAUCGCUUUAUUGCCCUGUUAUGUUUUGUUUGCAGAUGCCCUCAGCUGAUUUUGCAUCUCAGCGCGUUAAGUUUCAUUUCUCCGGCCUGACUGACUCUCUGGGUGUGCCUGCUUUCACUCUCCGAGCGUGACUUUUUCAGUACUGCUGCUCUUUUUCAGUACGCAGCAGAGAGCGUAGAGGGACUCCGCCCGUGCGGGCGGUCAAGGAAUAGAAAGCUAAAGCCCAGUCUUAGAGUACUUUAUGAAAUAAACACAAGCUGUGCGUUGAUGCGUUACAUCCGCAUUUAGAAGAUCGGCACGGACGAUUUAGGAUAUAUUCUGAUAAUAUCAACUAUUGAUCAUGGUUAAUAUGAAGUUAUCUAUUCGCUGCCAAAUUGGACUCGAAUUCUUCGAGUUUUUGAAGGAGACUAAUCGAGCGUCCAUCACAGACAGGAUUCAGCUGAGAGACAUUUACAACAAUGAGUUCAGGAUGAGGAAUCCAGAGGCCAAAGAUCCAAACUUUGGCUCAGUCCUGUAUGCCCUGAAAGUGUCCAACAAAAUAACAAGACGAAGAGACAUUAUUCGCUUCAACUCCAAGGUCAAAGCUCUUUACGUGGACCAGUGGCAGUGGCAGAGAGACCGUAAACCGACGCCUGCUCAGAAUGGAGCAGCCAGUCCGGGGAUGGGACAGACAGCAACCUCUGCAGAUGAGGCAGAGACAGGAGUAAGAUACCGGAGGAAAAUGGCCAGUCUCCUGAUGAACAAACUCAAGUCAGAGAGAACCCAUUUCAUUUCUGACAAAAAUGGGAUCAGCAUCACAUCCGAACGUUCGUUUGAGAAUGGAAAACUUCACUUACAAGUGGAAGAGACGUUUGAGAGUGAGAUAACCCUGCAUGUGAAGAACACUGGAACAGAAACUGUAUAUUUCACCUACUACACACCGCUACACUGGCUCAAGUGCUUGUCGCUGGUUGACGAGCAGAAAGUGACCAAACAGAACCCCCUGUCACUAAAACCAGGUGACAGCUAUAAAAUCCAGGCUUUCUUCCACUUCAGCUUUGUUGGUUUCUAUCCAGCUACACUCGCCUUUGAAUUCAAACCAGACCUGCAGCCAUCCUCUGCUGCAUUUUACAUUGUGCGCGUUAUUGAGGCUGAGUGUGUAACUUCCUUGGGACUGGAGCUAGCACCUACAGCCCCCUACAAACCUCGCUCCAUCCCCGCCUGGACUCCUGAGGUCAAUUGCACGAUUGUGGAUGGGCUGCUACCUGAAGGGCUGUCAGUAAUGCGUCUAAAAUAUGUGGUUGAGCUAAAAGACUAUCGAGUACCAUCACACAUACGUAACCUCCCUACAUCAUUGAAGUACUCAUCGUUCAAUGCUACAAGGGCCAUGCUGGAGAGUCCCUUGAACUGGGAGAACUACACAGAGAGGUUCCAUGUACUGCUGUACCUGGAGGAGCUUCAGAUGGAGGUGGACAUCAAGAGAUACAACAUCCCCAACGCUGACACAGAACAUGCUACCAUGACUAAAGACAAAAUGAACAAGAAGCUUCUUGUUCUGGAGGUGCCUGGUGUGGCUGAGAACCGUCCCUCUGUGCUCCGAGGAGACAAGCUGCUGGUGUGUCCUGUUGGAGAACCAGGGGUCAAGUACUGUGGCUACGUCCACAGUGUGCAGCUGGACAGUGUUAGACUGGGUUUCAGCUCCCAGUUGCUUAGCCGCUUCUUAGACGGCAUGAAGUUCAGUGUUGAGUUCACUAUAAACCGCCUGACUCUGCGUCUCCAGCACAGAGCGGCAGAACUGGCUUCUUCACAUAGACUGGGAAGCGUGUUGUUUCCUACUGAACCCGACAUGUCCUUUCAGCCAAAGGACCUUCCCAAGCUCAGGCUGUUUGAUAGGCAGCUGGAGAAAAAUCCAGAGCAAUAUCAGGCAGUACAACACAUUGUAGCUGGCUCAUCCAAACCUGCCCCCUACCUGGUUUUUGGUCCACCUGGAACAGGAAAAACUGUGACUGUAGUGGAGGCCAUCAAGCAGAUAUGGAGGACACAGGCUAACAGCUGCAUUCUGGCAUGCGCUCCGUCCAACAGUGCCGCUGAUCUGCUUUGCAAGAGGAUUCUGGAGCAUGUGGACAAGCGUGAAGUGUACCGCAUGUAUGCCAGUAGCCGGGACCCAACACUUGUUCCUGAUGAACUAAUGGAAUGCUCUAACCUGGUUGGGGAGUGUUACAUUUUCCCUGCUAAAGAAGAGCUGAUGAAGUACAAGGUCAUGGUCACCACCCUGUUAACUGCCGGAAGAUUGGUCUCAGGUGACAUUCCAGAAGGACAUUUCACUCACGUGUUUGUGGACGAGGCUGGACAUGCCGUGGAGACUGAGUGUAUAGUCCCAUUGGCAGGGUUGCUCGAUGCAACGGCUGGUCAGGUUGUUCUGGCUGGAGACCCCAAGCAGCUUGGCCCCAUUCUAAGGUCUCCUUAUGCUCUGAAAUACGGCAUGGGAGUGUCCCUCUUGGAGCGGCUGAUGAAUAACUUCUCUAUGUACCAGAAGAACGCUGGUGAUGUGUUCAGCAACUGUUUUGUCACCAAGCUGCUGCGGAACUACAGGUCUCAUCCUGCCAUUCUCAAAAUUCCCAAUGAGCUUUUCUACGACGGGGAGCUGCAGGCUUGUGCAGAUGAGUACGCACGAAACUUCUACUGCGACUGGGAAGAGCUACCAAAAAAGAACUUCCCAGUGAUCUUCCAUGGGGUGACUGGCAUUGACAAACGUGAGGCCAGCAGUCCUUCUUUCUUCAAUGUAGCUGAAGUGGAGGUGCUGAUUGGCUAUGUGCGGAAACUGCUGCAGGCACAAGGCAAGAAGGGUAUGGCCAAGAUUGCACCCCGAGACAUAGGCAUCAUCGCCCCCUACAGGAAGCAGGUGCAGAAAAUCCGCAGGGCACUGGAAAAAAUUGGUCUGGAAAAAGAAUUUCAAUUUAUGAGUAUGGAAAACCUUAAGGUUGGUUCGGUGGAGGAGUUCCAGGGCCAGGAGAGGAGAGUCAUCUUGGUGUCUACAGUUCGAAGCAGCGCCAAUUACGCCGAGAUAGACAAAAAGUUCAACCUGGGCUUUGUCAAAAAUGAGAAGAGAUUUAAUGUGGCUGUGACUCGAGCUAAAGCCCUGCUGAUUGUGGUGGGAAACCCCAGAAUUUUGGAAACAGAUUCCACCUGGGCCCGCUUCAUCCAGUACUGCAGAGAUGAAGGAGGUUACACUGGCAUCAUUCGGGCAGAGGAAGAUGAAGAUGUGGUAGCUCGACUUCAAGCACUUUACAUCUCAAUUGAGCCCACAGUUGAGACUGCAGAGAGUGUCAUUCAGCAGCAGCUGGACCCUGAGUGGAGGAAUGACAUGUGAGCCAAAGGAGAGCCCCAAAAAGUGUUCAGAGGAAUUCAUUUCAGCAGCAAGCACUAUCAAACUUUCCUAAAUGAACACUUUCCUAUAUCAAAUGUCCAAAACUAGAUAGAAUAACCAAAGUAUAUUUUACUAUAUGAUCCCGACCAAAGGCAAUGAUAGACAUAACUGCAGUGUGUUUAGAGCAACUAUUUUGUCUCAGGGAACUGCGCCACUAACACCAGCACUUCAAAACUUGUCACAAUUACAUGGUGACAAUAAAUCUUAAGACUGAAGAGUUCCUCGAGCAGCUCAGAAGUGCACUUUUCUAGCACUAGAACAGAUGAAGCAGUCUACUCUGUGCAUAGGCUCGAAUAUGCUUUAAAAUGUGCACUUUAUAUACAAGGAUUCUAUUCUUCUUUGUCAUCUGAUCAAAGCAGCUGAUCGUCAAUAGAAUCCAAAAGGAGCGGUUAGGGACCACGCCUGACUUUGCGAAGGAGCAAAACUACUUGAAUUUACAGUUUUAAAUCAGUCUGUGCUCAAGUCUUAACUGGUUGUUAAAUAACUGAAAUGUACAUGUAGUGUUGCCUGCCCAUGUAUGAGAAUUUCAAUGCAUUUUUUAAAUUACGAUUACUAAACACGGAAAUUUUGUUCAUGUUUUUAAGCAAAUUAUUUAAUAAAAUAAAUCUAAGAUGACAACA